UGCUGCAGAACAGAGAUCUAUAUACUCAACCUGUUCCUGUUGUUGGAGAAGAACAUCUGCAAACCUGCUGAAAGCCUGAACUGUGGAAAAUGAACAUGAGCUCUGUCAAAAGCUGCUUGGCUGUUGUGGUCUUUGCAGUAAUACUACAAUGCAGUGCAUCAUCACCUCAAUUUGAGGCAACAGCUCUGGACUAUAUGACUGAAGUCGGUACUAAUAUUGCAGACACUGAAGGAAUACCCAAGAACUUGGAUACUGCACCAACUACUGUCUGGUGCUUUGCUGAUAAAGCUGUUGUUGAUAAGGAGUACAGAGCUAAGCCCACUGGAGAAGGAGGAAAAUGUGGAGCAAUUGGAAGGUUCCUUUUUGACUGGGAGUCUGUUGCUAACACUAUGUCCGUUGCAUUGAACAAAUCUAUCAUCCGACCGUACAUGGAAGUUAUCAACAGGUUCAUCAUAGAUGAUGAAAUCAUUCCAGUCAACAUAAGUGUUUCGUUGCAACUUUUCCAUAAGAACAUGACAGCUGACGACUCUUCUAAUACUACGCAGGGCUCGUUUCAAUUUGUGCAAAUGAUCAACGUAACAAAUAAAUCGAAUGGAUGGUUAGAACUUGACCUAACACCCUCAAUCCUGUCCAUCUGGUCGCCUACCUGUAACCAGCUACCUAUUAUUGAAGUCACACUGAGGAUGGAAGUUGAUUGCAUCCAUCACACAAAGGUUCCUUUUCAAUUUAUCAAUCCAGCAGAAGUAGUGCUUUCCAAAACAAAGCGUCGUGAGAGGUACACUAGGCUACAGAGCCUGCUCGUUGUGUACCUUGAAGACCAAGUCAUCAAGCAAAAACUGAAGGAGGAAGACUUAUUGAAAGUGGAAGAAGUACUAGAAACCAUAGACGGUGCAGAUAUUACUAAAACCACUAAACCGAUAGAAGAUCGUCGUCGAAGACAGGCAGCCGCAUCUACUUGCGAACCAAAGACGUUUAUGAUCAACUUUGCUGAGCUGUUUCUUGACAGUAUACUUUGGCCCACAGAAAUCAAUAUUCGUCAAUGUGUCGGGGACUGUUCACACUACGGUAUCCUUCAGCACAAUGACGCAACAAAUCAUGCCAGGAUUAUUGCCAGUGCAAAAUAUCUUGGGGACGCAGGUAUAUUUGGUACUGAAGAAAACGCAACUAUUUUGAUGGAGGAUCAGACCCACAAAGAUCCUUGCUGCACUCCGAUUAGAUAUGCUUCAGUAUACAUUGUUCGCAUAGUUAACACUGGCCUCGUGACUCAACUUUUUCCAAACAUGAAGGUUACCGAGUGCUCUUGCAGAAUGGAUGUCUUCAACAACUCAAUCUGCUAUCUUCUAUUAACUGUCCUUAUCAUCAGCAAUGCAUCGUGCACCAGCAGUAGGACUGCAGCAAUACUGCAAGAUUUGCCAUCAGACAUUUUGGAGAGACCAAAAAGAAAAGUUUCUGAACUCGACCCUUCAUCUUCUGGAGCAAUCGAAUACAUGACACAACUGAGAGAGAAAUAUUCUGACAGUGAGGGAAGUCCUAUGUUUGAGCAUGAAGAUGACCCUACUAGUGUCUGGUGCAUGAUGGACAGAGACAUGCUUCACAAAGCCUACAGACCCAAGCCAAGAUCUCCAGCAAAAUGCACUGUGCAAAAUCGUUUCAUCUUCAACUGGAAGUCGGUUACAAAAGGAGAAAGCCUACCUGUGCAAAAAUCCAUCCUUAGGGCAUAUCUGAAACCCAUUCGUAGACUCAUGAAAACUGAUCCAACUACAAUAGACAUCGAUAUUGAAGUUCAACUCUUGGGGGAGAAAACGAAGUAUGCAGCUGGAAGUGAACGAGUGCAAGUGACCAUGUCAACCUCUUGGCUGGAACUAGAGGUAACUGAAGGAGUGAAGCAACUUUGGCCCCCCACCUCUUCCAAUUACGAUCUUGAAUUUACCGUCAAUCUCAGCGUUGACUGCAAAACUGUUAAGAAAGUGCCAGCAAUCUUUAUUGACCCCACUGAAAUACAACUGUCAAAUGCAAGGCGAAGACAACGCCAUGAAUCAUUCCAACCACUCUUUCUUAUGUUCUUCAAUGAUGCAUACGUCAAGGAAAUAGUCUAUAACGAAACAGCCACAGCUGAAGAAGAGCGAUCAGACAAUGAAUUUCCUCAGGCCAAUGGUAACCGUGCCAAGAGAAGUUCAUCAUGUAAAGUUGAGAACUAUAUGGUCUCUUUUGCACAACUGUAUCUCGAUUAUAUUGUCUCUCCCAGGAUGUACAACGCUAGACAGUGCAUAGGAUCUUGUUCUCAUAACACUCUGACUGGAAAUCACCAACUUGGAACUAAUCAUGCAAAUAUUAUGGCUGGGGCUUAUGCAGUAUUUAAAGAUGAUCCUCACAAUGUGAACGGCCUCGUUCAAACAGCCAAACAGCCAUGCUGUGUGCCGACUCGGUACAGCUCAACAACUCUGGUCGUUAAUGUAGGAGGCUCACUCGAUUAUAAGGUGUACCCAGCAAUGAGAGUGAGCGAAUGUGGGUGUAGGUGAAUAAUGGACAGUAAUUAGCCUAAAUCAGUCUCUGCGGAGGAUAAAAUUUUUUUUACUGAAUAGCAUUAUUACAGUUUUUUUUAUUAUAUCAUUUUCAUCUAAUUUCAUGUUUUAUAAUGCUGCUAUACAUAGCUAAUUAUAGUUUAAUGUAUGUAACGUACCACUCUUAAAUCAUCAAUGUCAAUCAUAUAUCUACAGCCUCA